AUGUAUGCGCGUGUAAACGAUUUGAAGAAAUCCGAUCCAACAUUAAAAACACUUCUUUCAUUCGGCGGCUGGUCCUUUGGUACUCGUCUUUUCCAACAAAUUACAUCCUCUCAGCAAAAUCGUCAAAAAUUUAUCAAUUCUGCAAUUGCUUUUGUUCGUUUACACAAUUUUGAUGGAGUUGAUAUAGAUUGGGAAUAUCCUAAAGGAGAGAUAGACAAGCUCAAUUUGAAUUAUUUUUUAAAGGAAUUCAAAGAUGCAAUUUCCUCAGAGAGCGUAGCCAGUUACAAACCAAAAUUACUUUUAACAGCUGCUGUAGCAGCCGGAACAGAAAAUAUAGAUGCUGGUUAUGAUAUUCCAACAAUUUCAAAGUAUUUGGAUUUUAUUCUUUUAAUGAGUUAUGACUUUCAUGGGGCGUGGGAACAGAAAACAGGAAUGAACGCUCCCCUAUAUGGAAGAGCUACUGACCCGCCCGAAUUAAAAAAUUGGCAUGUUUCUGGCGCCGCAAAUUAUUGGUUUCACAAAGGAAUGCCCAAAAAUAAAAUUAUUGUUGGAAUUCCAACAUAUGGUAGAGGAUGGACUUUAACUCAUCCAGAUAAUCAGAGAGGAUUGGAUGCUCCAGGAAGUGCUGCUAAACCAACAAAAUAUGUUCAGACAGGUGGUACUGCUGCUUACUAUGAGGUGGAUUUAUUCUUGUAUUUUUGUUGUUUUUGCGAAAUGUUAGCUACCGGAGCUGAGCAUCAUUUCAACAAAGAAAUGCAAGUUCCCUAUUUGAUUUCUGAUAAAGACCAAUGGUUUAGCUAUGAAGAUGUUAAUAGUGUUCGAAUAAAAAUUAAUUGGAUUAAACAAAACCAAUUUGGAGGAGCUUUUGUGUGGACGCUUGACUUUGACGAUUUUAAUGGGCUAUGUCCAGAUGCCCAACAUCUAGGCAAAUACCCCUUAAUUGGGGCUAUAGCUAGCGAAUUAACCAACAAAACGAUUAAUACUAAAUUAAUACAACCUUCAAUCCUUCCCUCCCCCUCCCCAAUCGCACCAACAACAACUUCAAUUUCACAAAUAUCUAAUUGUAGCAAUAUAAAACCUCCUUCUAAUAAUAAUAAUAAUUUUUGUGUUGGCAAAAAAGAUGGAUUUAUGCAGCUACCUCAACAGACUCUUUCUGCAUUGUAUUUACCAGAAGAAUUUUUACUUUGCCUUUCUGGCAAUGCAUUUCCAAUGUGGUGUCCUAAAGGAUUACAUUUUAACAGCAAUUAUGGAUUUUGUACAUUUCCUCCACACACUUCUUCACCCCCACCAAAGUUUCCAUUUCCCGAGCAUCAUUCAAAACGAACUUUAAUAAAUACACAACCUAACAAAAAAAGUUUAAAAAUUAUUUUUAAUUCAAAUUUGAUUUUUAAAGAAUUUGUCUGUAUUUCUGAUGGAUUUUUUGCAGAUCCUAAUAGUUGUGUGCAUUUUUAUCGUUGUGUUGGUACAACUGCUUACAGGUAA